UCUUCUUCGUUGGUAGUGUGCCAUGUUUGCGGAAGUUAUGCAGCAACACUAAUCUACCGUCCUAUGUUUGUGUAUUGUUAUGUUGUAGCUCCGUUUUUUUAAUAAUAAAUCAUGAAUUUACCUAAAGGACCCGACUCUUUAUGCUUCGAUAAGGAUGUUUUUAUGAAGGAUGACUUUGACGUUGACCAGUUUGUGUCAGAAUGUCGGAAGCAGGUGCAGCUGGAGGAGAUGAGAGAAGACCUGGAGCUCUACUACAAGCUGCUAAAGACAGCCAUGGUGGAGCUCAUCAACAAGGACUAUGCUGACUUUGUUAACCUCUCCACCAAUUUGGUGGGGAUGGACAAAGCCCUCAAUCAGCUCUCUGUGCCGCUGGGACAGUUACGUGAGGAGGUUAUGAGUCUCCGGUCAUGUGUGAGCGAGGUGAUAAAUGCAAUAGACACCCAGCUGUCCAAACAGGAAGACCUGCAGAAGAAAAAGGUUUGCGUCCUGAGACUGAUCCAGGUGGUGCGCUCGGUUGAGAAGAUUGAGAAAAUCCUCAACUCCCAGAACCCCAAAGAGUCCAGUUCUUUGGAAAUCAGCAGCCCCUUGUUAGCAGGUCAGAUCCUGGAGAGAAUCGCCACAGAAUUCAACCAGCUGCAGUUCCACGCUGUGCAGAGCAAAGGCAUGCCCCUGCUGGACAAAGUCAGACCUCGCAUCGCAGGCAUCACCUCCAUGCUGCAACAGUCUCUGGAGGGUCUUCUCAUUGAAGGUCUACAGACGUCCAACGUGGACAUGGUGCGUCACUGCCUGAGGACUUACGCCACCAUCGACAAGACCCGAGACGCCGAAGCGCUGGUGGGACAAGUCCUGGUGAAACCGUUCAUAGAUCAGGUGAUUGUGGAAGAGGUGGUGGAGUCCCGUCCAAAUGGUCUCCAGAUGAUGUUUUCAACGCUGCUGGAGUUUGUUCCUCACCACUGCCGACUACUGAGGGAGGUGACGGGAGGAGCCGUAGCCAGCGACAAAGCCGACAUCGUUCCCGGCUACGACUUCACGGUGAACUCAGUGUGGCCCGAGAUGGUGAAAUGCAUCGAGGAGAGGUUGGCUUAUCUGUUCAACCCCGGAAACCCAGAUAUUUUUUUUGAGCGUUACAGCAUGAGCACAGACUUUGUGCGCAGGUUCGAGCGUCAGUGCAGCUCCCAGGCCAGCGUGAGGAGGCUCAGAGUGCAUCCUUCUUACGUCGGCUUCCACAACAAAUGGAAUCUACCCGUUUAUUUUCAGCUGCGGUUCAAGGAAAUAGCAGGAAGUCUGGAGAACGCCAUCAGUGAUGGACUACAAGCUGCACCAGCCGGGAGCGUAUACCGCCUGCAAGCGUCUGCGGUGCUCUGGUCCUGCGUCAUGAGGUGCUGGUCCGACCAAGUCUACCUCCCGCCUUUGGCGCACCGCUUCUGGAAGCUGACCCUGCAGCUCUACUCGCGAUAUGGAACCUUCCUGAACGAGGUUCUGACCAAGACCCCGACCCAAGACGCCGGCAAAGAGCCCACCAGGCCCCUCCCCAGCUCGGCCUCGUCUACCUCCAGCAGGACGUCCAUGGAGGAGACGGGCAGCGAGAGCGGAAGCCCCGCCUCCUUGUCCACCAAACAUCUGAUCCACAUCGCCGCAGACGUGCAGAAACUACAAAAGCAGCUACCAGAACUGUCACAGAUAGUCAGACGGCGGUUGGAUGACAUUGGCUUCACAAAUUUUGCCAUUGUGGAAGAGGCGCUAGCGGACUCCAACGCCCGUCUGUCCGGCAUCGUCCCCGCCCUCAGCGCACGCAUGACCCAGCAGCUCGGCGAGCGCUGCUGCCGCUUCCUCAAGAGCGCGUCGGAGGUGCCACGGCUCUACCGCAGGACCAAUAAGGAAGCGCCCGUGCGAGCGUCGGCGUACAUGGACAACGCCCUGCAGCCGCUUCACCAACUGCUGUCCGACUCAACGGGCCUGGUCCAUCCGGCGACAACGCAAGAGUGGAUGAGAGUGACGCUUUCGGAGUGCACGCAAAGGUACUAUGAGACCAUCUCUGAGGUUCUGAGCUCGGUGAGAAAGAUGGAGGAGAGCCUGAAGAGGCUGAAGCAAGCCAGGAAAGGAGCCAACGCGUCGACCAGUGCGGCGGGAUCCAACGGCGGCCCGACGGACGACAGCAAGAUCCGACUGCAGCUGGCUCUGGAUGUGGAGUACCUGGGGGAACAGAUCCGCAAGAUGGGUCUGGAGCCGGCGGACAUCUCCAUGUUCUCCAGUCUGAUGGAGCUGGUGAAGGAGGCCCGAGACCUGGUGGACCACAACCAGUAGACAACAGGAACCCCCCCCCCCUCCCCAAGGAGAUGGAACACCAUCGUGCACAAGUCCGACAUCAUGUGACUAGACGGGAUGUGGAAUGUUUUCCACUCAGUGACUCCAAACCACACUGGAAAGAAGGAAUGUCAUACAAAUGACAGCAUUGUGACAUUUUGGUCCAUAUUUAAUUUGAUUAUUAUUAUUAUUAUUAUUAUACACUUGGGAGUUAUGUGCAGGAUCUUUUUGUAAAAUAAAUGCUAUCAAUAUGAAUCAUGUGCAUAUGUGUAUGCUUGUAUGUGUGUAUAUAUACAUAUAUAUACG